AUGCUGCGCCUCCGAAAUCGCCUCCUCCCUCUGCUCCGCGCUGCCUCCCCGCGUCCCUCCCCCAAUCACUCCCGCGCGUGCCGCCUCCUCUCCACCUCCACGGCCACCGUCCCCGCACCCUUCUCCCUCGAGGACUACCUCGUCGAUGCCUGCGGCCUCGCUCCAGCCCAAGCCCGCGAGGUGUCCAAGAAGGUGUCCCGCGAGUUAUUAUGCAUUGGAUCCAGGAGAUCACUGGAUGAGCUCUCCUGCUCCCGCCUUAACUCCGCCUCCAAUCCUGAUGCUAUCCUCGCCCUGCUCUCCGGCGCCGGCCUCUCCCGCGACGACAUCGCCGCCGUCGUCUCCGCGGACCCGCUGCUCCUCCGCGCUUCCAUCGUUCGCUUCCUCCUGGUCGUCUCACGCUCUCUCCGCAAGGGCGACGUCGUUUCUAGGCUCGAGUUCUUCAUCUCCUUCAACGGCUCGUUUGAGAAGGCCCUGGUGGCCGCAAAGAGGAAUGGGAGCCUCCUCAGCAUUAGUCUUAAGAGGCUAAUCGAGCCUAACAUCGCGUUGCUUCGUCAGUGGGGUGUUAGAGAUAUUGUCCAGCUAUGUUCAAACGUCCCGCGGGUGCUUACCUUCAACCUGGAACGCUUGAGGGAGUCUUUGCUUCGGGCGGAACAACUUGGGGUGCCUCCUACUUCGGGGCUGUUCGGGCACGCAGUGUUCAUCGUUUCCUAUAUGUCCGAAGAGAAGCUUGCUGCCAAGCUUGAGUUCUUUAAGAGGACUCUUGGUUGUUCUGAGUCUGAGGUUUCAAUUGCAGUGUCCAAGGUGCCUGGUUUAUUAGGAAUCUCUCACGAGAUUCUUCCGCGCAAGAUUGAGUUCCUAGUCAAUGAGGCUAUGGUGGAGCCACGGUACAUUGUGGGAUAUACUGCUCUCAAUGAGCCUCGAGAAGCGACUAAUGCCCCGGCAUUAUGUCAUGAAGAUCAUCCAGGAAAAGGGAUUGCUGAAUAG